UCAAUAAUCAAGACGAAAAAGGCGAUGAACUCUUUCCCUAUUUUACCCUCUACUAGUAUUAUUCCCAUCAUGUUCUCCUUGUCAACCAUUUCUUUCUGUCUCCUACCCUCCUCCUGAGAAAGUUCUAGAAACAAUCCUCAACUUUCUCUCUAAGGGGUUUGGAUCUGUAUUAGCAGUAGCAACAGUGGAUGUCAUGGUGCCAUCGCCGGUUGAACAGACCGGCGAAUCUAACGCCGUUAGUGCUGAGAAUCAGAGAUCUCUACCAACGCCAUUUCUGACAAAAACUUAUCAGCUCGUGGAUGAUCCUGUUAUCGACGAGUUGAUCUCGUGGAAUGAAGAUGGAACAACAUUCAUUGUUUGGAAACCUGCUGAAUUUGCUAGAGAUUUGCUUCCUAAAUAUUUUAAGCAUAAUAAUUUCUCCAGUUUUGUCAGGCAGCUUAAUACUUACGGAUUCAGGAAAGUGGUACCUGAUCGAUGGGAAUUCGCGAAUGAAUGUUUCCGGAGAGGUGAGAAAGGACUACUUCGUGACAUUCAACGCCGGAAAAUCUCACCGGCAGGUACUGCCGUUUCACCGGUAGUAACUGUAAAUGCAGCACAAGCGGUGACGGUAGCGGUGGCUCCGGCGGCGGUGCGGAUGAUAUCUCCGUCAAACUCCGGUGACGAGCAGGUGUUAUCAUCCAACUCAUCACCGGCAGCAACGGCUGCCGCCGCAGCUGCAACGGUGCUAAGGAACACCACGUGUACGACAACGCCGGAGCUUCUAGAGGAAAAUGAGCGGUUGAGGAAAGAGAACGCGCAAUUGAGUCAGGAAUUAAAUAGGUUGAGGAGUUUAUGUAGUAAUGUAUACAAUCUGAUGUCUAUUUAUUCACCACCGGCAUCGUUGGGAAUACCAGAAGGACGAGCUCUCGAAUUACUCCCCACGGAGCAGAGCCGGUGUGGGCAGGUUGCGGCGGAGGUAGACGGCGGCGCGACCUUCACGGCGGCGGAGAGUAGCGGUGUGAAGGCGGAGGAAGAUAUAAGCCCAAAAUUGUUUGGAGUUUCAAUCGGUGUAAAGCGCGUGAGGAGAAGCAAUGAAGCGCGUGAAGAAGUGGUGCAGGAUCAAGUACACUCGCAUGGAUCAGAUGUGAAAUCAGAGCCGUUAGAUUCAGGAAGCGGACAUCAAAAUGAUGAUGAUCAACCGUGGAUAGAUCGAUUAGGCUGAGAUGAUUUUUAACUCACCCAAAAAAAAAAAUGUGGGGACCACUUGCUAGAAGGAACGAGGAAGAUGAGGGGACGUUGAUAAAGAACACGUGUACAAUGGAGGUAAUUAUCAAUGUUUGUUCUGGUGGUUUCUGGAAGAAUAGAGAAAGUGGGGCAAUGAUUUUAUUUAAAAAGGUCACCAUAUUAGAAAAAUAUAUUUGCUUAUAAAAAGGCCCCAAAAGCGGUGGAAAAGGAGAAGAAAAGGUGGAUUUUUAAAUGAUCCAUAAUUGGAUUAGAAAAAUGGGGGAGCUGGGCUAGUUUAGUUGAAAAAGAUGACAAAUGUGGGAAUUUAGUCAAUGUUUUAGCUGGAUGGGAACUAUUUAUGUUACAAGGUGCCAGAGAAUUUUUGGCUAGGAAAUUGUUUGUACAUAAUUGAAAAGAAAUAAUGUUGUAAUUGUAAGUUCUUAGUAAAUUUACUGAAGUUUGCUCUUUCUCA